ACCGCCAUCUUAGAGAGUCUUAUAAACACGGCAGACCGGGAUUUUCACCAUCCAAUUAUUGUAUUAAGUAGAAUAAAUUGUUAGAAUAUAACUUAUAAACAUGUCAGAAAAUAGUGCUGAAGUGAAGAGUGAAAAUUCUGUUGAGAAUGAAAGCCAGCCCCAGGAAGAAAAGCCCACUGGAAGAGGAAAGAGGUCGGCGAGUAAAAGAGUGUCUUUGUUAACGAGGACAGCUCAGGAAGGUGAAGCUAUAUUGAAGGGUAUGGGCCAUAAGGAAGAUGGUGCUACAGAAGGAAGGCGAACUACAAGGAGUUCCUCAAGAGGCUCAACAGGGUCUGCUCAAGCUACGCCUCCUCCUGCCAAGCGAGAAAGAAAAGCUCCAUCAACGGGAAAAGGCUCUCGGCGCGGAAGGCCCAAGAAGGGUGAAGAGCCAGAAGAGGAAAAUGAAGAGGCUGAAGCUGAGAGUAAAUCUGAAAAUAAGGACGACGAGAAAAAAGAGGAAAAGACCGAAAAUGGUAAAGCCGAUGAAGCUGAAAAAAAAGAAAACAACGUGGACGGAACGGAUGGUGGUGGCGAUGCCAAACCAAUGGAGGUAGAUGAGUCGGACAAACCUGCAGUGGCAGAAGGUGACAAGCCUACUGACAACGGACCAGCUGAAGAGCCUAGUUCGCCAGCCAAAACGGAGGAUACUCCUGCAAAGCCUGAGGAGGCUGAAAAACCAGAAGCAGAAACGAAAAAGGAGGAAGAGUCUUCAAAGCCCGAGUCAGGUGGUGAGAAAGCAGAGCCGGACACAAGAGAGGCGCCACCUCCUCAAAGCGAAUAGGAAUGACUGACCUUAAUUUUGUAAAAAAACUACCUGACCAUUGUAGUUGAGAAAAGAUCGUUCAACUCUAAAACUUUCUUUUUCAACAAACCCAGCAACAAUGGCAGAUUUUAGUUGUUAAUUUGUUGAUAACAUUAUUUUAUGAUUACUAACUAAAAUGGGAAAUUAUUGUAUGAUAAAUUAUCUUUUUAAUCGGGCAUCUAAAGUUGAUUUAAUGAUUUUAAAAAUCAAUUAAAUCAAUUCACACUUAGCUGGUCUUCUAAGAAUUAGUAGUUGAUUUAAGUAAAACAAACAAUAACUAUAGGUUUGUUCAUUGAAUUUUUAAGAAUUUUUUAAAGAGAUCUCCGUAUGCAUGCUUGUUAGUUUAGCAACAGUUUUUGAGGUAUGUUUUAAACAUAAGAAUUGAACAUUCUUACUCACGGCUGUCAGUUCAAUGUCAGCUUAUUUAUCAAUGACAUUACCUGUAAUAUAUUUUAAAUCUUUAGAUUAAUUUAUUAGGGUAUUAAGAGUCCUUUGGUUUGGCUCAUUUAAAAGAAUUCAUAUUAAUUGUUCAUUAAUUAUGUAAUUUUUAGUUUUCCAAUUAAACUUUUAAGAGAGAUUUUGUCAUAUAUUUGUGUUUCUUGUUUGGGUGUUUAUUUUUAAUAUGAUGUAAUUAUUGUUCUAAAUAAUUUUAAGUAGUAAGUGUUGACAAAAUAUUUUAAUGGAAAUAGACAUUUAAAUACGUAUUCAUUUGAAGAUUGAAAAUCAACAUGGUGAUUUUAUGGCAGUUUGUUUUACAAAUUUCCUUUCAAUGCCAACUUGUGAAUAUAAUUUGCAUGGAUUGAAAUAACAGGCCUACAUAAUAAAUCUGUGUGUACAAUUAUUUUAAUAUGUCGGAUAAUGUUUGUGAGUACAUAAUUAGAAGAUGUUAAAUGUGUGGCCACUUUUAGACUUAAUUUAACUGUGUUUAAUUUAUGUUUUUUUUUUUUUAUUUGUGUAUGUUAUUGGAAUUUUUGCAUCACAACAUAUUUAUUAAUAACAAAAAAAUCAGUGAUAAACGUUAUUUAUAGACAUGUCUUGUACGUAAGGUUGUGAGGUGUUAUAUAGGUGGCAUUGAAAGGACACGGCUUGGUAAAAAACAUCAGCAUCUCUACUCGCAAAUUAUUGACACGAAAGUACAAAUUAGAUAUGAAAAAGUAAUCUGGUUGAUUUUUACCACUUAUGUGACAGGUUUGUUAUAAAAUAAGCUAUUGGUUUGUGUAAAACCGCUAUUUUUAUGGUCAGUUGUAUGUGUCAUUACUGUUUUAAAAGAAAACCGUUUUCCUAAAAAUAGUUUAAAACUAAGGCGAUGCAUAAUCAUUUUGUACUACAAUGAAUGUAUUGAAAAUAAAUUGUGUGAGUAUCAGUUUGUUGAUUCUUAUUUCUAUGCUUGAGAGUCGCUAGAAUCCACUGAGGGCCUAGUUCAAAACAGAUGUUACCGUUCUCACACUCGUUUCAAUGAAUAAACCUAAUAAAUGUCUAUUUAAAAUUUAAUUUAAUGUGUACUUUUCCAAAUGUAGUUUAAAAUAAUUUAGUGUAGAAAUAUAGAUCAAAUCAAAUUAUUUGAUUAUUUGUACAAAGUUGAAUGAAUUGAAAAGUCAAAUAUAAUUACUUUUAUUUUAUUGUAUUGUGUAGUCUUUGUGAUGGUGUUUGGAUGGACAACACUGUUCUAUGUGUUUGUAUCCUGUAAUAAAUACAUUUUACGAA